AUGGAACACUCAAUGAUGGACCACGGUGACAUGGGACAUGGCGACAUGGGACAUGAUGACAUGUGCUCCAUGAACAUGCUCUUUACGUGGAACUACAAAAACACCUGUGUCGUGUUCAAAUGGUGGCAUAUUCGUACGCUACCACAUCUGCUGCUCAGCAUGAUCGUGGUCGCCGCAUCCGCCUACCUGUAUGAGUACAUGAAGUACUACAGUGCAAAGUCCACCGCCAGCCGGGCGGCGGGCGCGGCGAAUUUGAGCCACACCAAAGCCGCGAAAAUGAAGAGCGCCAGCUGGUAUGGUGCUCAGGUUGGCUUUUCGUUCAUGCUGAUGCUGGUAUUCAUGACCUUCAACGGGUGGUUGAUGUUAGCCGUCGUCGCGGGCGCUGCCUGGGGCCACUAUUCCUGGGGACACCUUACGGAGGGGCUUGCCCACAACUCCUUGGCAUGCCACUGA